GGAAGAUGUAGCGGCCUCUUCUCCGAGCCACCCCUUUGCCUCCGGACUUCUCUGGGGCCAGCAGCCACCCGACCAGGGGCCCGGGGCCGUGGGCUCAGCCGACUACCAUGGGCUCUGUGUCAAACCAGCAGUUUGCAGGUGGCUGCGCCAAGGCGCCGGAGGAGGCGCAGGAGGACGCCGCCCGGGCGGCCGAGGAGCCGCAGCUGCUGCACGGUGCAGGCAUCUGUAAGUGGUUCAACGUGCGCAUGGGGUUCGGCUUCCUGUCCAUGACCGCCCGCGCCGGGGUCGCGCUUGACCCCCCGGUGGAUGUCUUUGUGCACCAGAGCAAGCUGCACAUGGAGGGCUUCCGGAGCCUGAAGGAGGGUGAGGCAGUGGAGUUCACCUUUAAGAAGUCUGCUAAGGGCCUAGAAUCCAUCAGGGUCACCGGCCCUGGUGGGGUGUUUUGUAUUGGGAGUGAGAGGCGGCCCAAAGGGAAGAACAUGCAGAAACGCAGAUCAAAGGGAGACAGGUGCUACAACUGUGGAGGUCUAGACCACCAUGCCAAGGAAUGCAAGCUGCCACCCCAGCCCAAGAAGUGCCACUUCUGCCAAAGCAUCAGCCAUAUGGUGGCCUCGUGUCCCCUGAAGGCCCAGCAGGCCCCCAGCUCACAGGGAAAGCCUGUCUACUUUCGGGAGGAAGAAGAAGAAGAGAUCCAUAGCCCUGCCCUGCUCCCAGAGGCCCAGAAUUGAGCUACAGUGGGUGGGGGCAAUUCUUUUGUGAUCAGGAAGUUUUGAGGAGGAGGCAGCAAUCGGCAGAGUGGAGAAAGUGGGGGCAGGGCAGGUAGGGGGCAGCUGGCUCUGCCGUGCAUCUCAGGCCGGGGUCCACAGCAUCACCCCCUCUUCCCUCUUGGCGCAGGGUAGGGGGGAAGGGGUGAGGCCAAUGAACUCCAACCGUGCUCUAUCCAGAUGCUUUCGAGGGUUUUGGAGAAAAUCCCUCCCUGUGUGCUUUAUCUGAAUGUCCACCCCCGGAUCUCCAGCUUUGGAACGUGGCCUGGAGAGGGAAAUGGUUUUCCUUUUGAAGAAGGAGAUGUAAUAGUAAUUUUUUUCCCAUGCCAGAAUGUAGAGAUUAAGCAUGAGACCAGAUUGAUGGGCCCAACCCACGAACCACUACAUUCUGUAGGCAGGAGUCUCUCGGGGGUAAGGCAGGGUUUUUCCACAUCUUGUCUUGUAACCCACUGUUGGGAUAUAGGGUGCCGAGGACUGUCUCAAGCAGUGGAUUGUGACAGUAGCCACAGGAUGGUUGGGGGAAUGGCCACAGACCUACUGUUCCUAAGCUGACUCCCACCCCAUUCCGGGCCAAUAGAAUUUUAUUUAUUUGCUCCCAUGGAUAAGCGCACCUUGGGCCCCACUUUCUCCAGGAUGCCAACUGCACUAGCUGUGUGCGAAUGACGUAUCUUGUGCAUUUUAACUUUGUUUUCGUAAUAUAAAUAUUCUGGUUUUGUA